AUGAAUUAUAACGACCUGUGGGGACGAACGCUAGCCGAGCUGGGCUCCUCCAGACCCUGCGUGACUGUCCAGUGCUUCAGAAACAGUCACUUCGUCCUGGUGGUGUCCCGCGGAACAGCCUUGGUGUGCAGGACACUAAUCAAUGUCCAACUGGUCUGCACCGCCCCCCAGCUGCUCCCCAACCAGGAGGCGGGAUCCUCCGUGGUCUCCACGGCUGGCCCUCUCACCUGCUGUGACACCACAGUCCAGGUGGACAGCAUCCAGCAGAACCAGUUGGUGUCCCACAUGGGCAUCUGGAUGGGGCCACACGGUUCCAUCAUGUGGGACGGCGCCUUCCUCACACAGGCUGGGCCGCGGGCUUGGGAAGAAGCCAAGGCUGUGCCUGACCGUCGCCACCUCCUGAUCUCGGAGGUUACAAAGCCGCAGAUGAGGCAGGAGAUGGCUGGGGCUGAAGCCCUGAGGCAUCCAUUCCCCCCCCCGGACCAAGCCUCGUAUGUCGCAUCCACACAGUACAGUAAUCUGGAUGCGCUGAUUCUGUGUCUUCUCUCCUCCAUCCUCUCCACCUGGGACUUCAGGCUUCACAUCCACUGUGUCUUCAAUGCCAGUGACUUCCUGCCCCUCCAGGCGUCCCUCUUUCCUCCCCAUCCAGCCACUGUGACCCAGUACGGCCCCCUGAGGCUUCAGCUGCAGAUCGACAAGGGAAAAGGGUACGACAAGGCUUUUAGUUCCUACCACAGGGAGGGGGACCACCCCAUUGUGGGGCUGCUUCAAGAGGCUGACCCCAUGGAGGUCUGGCUCCUGCAGAGGACAGACCCCAUGCUGGUCUUGGUGCUGCAUCUGCACUGGGCCGCUCCCAGCGCCAACCCCUUCCAGUAUCCUCAGUGGCCCAUCCAGUCAGGUGAGUGUCCUUUCGGUGACAUCAGGACCUGAAUGAUGGCCUUGGAAGGGGCUCUGCCCUUCCACUCUCACUACCCGUGCUUCACCGUUGCCACCUUCGCCCCACUGGACGCUGGCUCCUGGAGGGCCCGCAGGGGCCAGGUUUACUUCCUUUGCGGCACCUCUGCCUGCUGCCCCUCAGGGCUAAAGACUUACUCGACCACAUGUAGCUCUGGGGCUGCAGGUGAGUCCAGGUGAGCCUCAGGUCACCACAAUGACAUUGCCAGGCCCAGCAUGGUGAGCUCUCCCGGGCCACUGGGCUUUGAGGAUUCCUACAGGUGGGAGUCUACGCUGGAGCCUGCAGGUAUGAGGCUGUGGGCAGGCCCCUCAGGCCUUGGCCCUCCAGGGUGCGCUGACAAAAUGGGGAAGCUCUGGCUACCGUGAGGGCAGGAGAUGGUGUAACUGAAUUCAUUGGGGAACUAAGCGAAGCUAGCCAGGGUCCACCUCAUCUGCAAAAGGGCAGCUUCAGCUCUGCCCAGUGUGAUUCCCAAGGGCUGGGGUUUGGGGAGAGAGUUGGAGGGGCCCUUGCCCAGCCCUGCCAUCCUUCAGAUCCCUUUUGUCUGGCAGGUUCCACCAUGAGCUGCAACCCAAGACCUCUCCUCUGGGGAAUUCUUUUGCUGUUGGCUGUUGCCCUGGUCUGAGGGGUUGGCGUCUUUGUGGACCUGAGCCAGGCCAAGCCCAGAAGCUCCUGGAAGGCAACAGAAGGUGAACAGGCUGAAUAGACCCUUGUUUCAAGCCUAGUGAAAGCAGGUGUGGAAAAGCUACUUGUGGUGACUAGACAGAAUCAUUCUCAGCUUAGACACUUGCGCUUCAGAGUCAGCUCUGUCCUUCUAGAAUCGCGGCCUCUAUUAUUGGGUAGCGUCCAAUGUCUCCCAGGACUGAAUUUAGGAGACUUUGCCUCUCCGCAAGGAAAGGCAGCGUUCCAGGCAGAGAAAGCAGGACGAGAAGGUAGGGGGAGGUCAACUCACGGCAGAGUCAAAGAACAGCAGUAGCUGGGAAUCGGGAGCCUGGCGGGGCUAAUGGCCCGUGAGGGCUUGUCACCUUCUCACAGCCACAGGAGUUCUGACCGGGCGUCCUCGAAGCA